GACUGGCUUUUCCAUCCAUGUUUUUAUUUUCAUUUCGUCAAGAAAUCUAAACUUUCUAAUAAAGGUUUAAUCUGUAGCUUUGAAAAUUCCAAACAUUCCUAUUCUGCAUUUGAUCUGAAGUGGAGCUGCACACAGAAAUGAGUCAGUGUUUGGGCUGAGACAUUCCUGAAAUCCCUGCAGAUGUUGAUGUUCAUGACCUGAAGCAGACACAAAGUCUAGAGAGAGGCUAAGUGGGAUCCAGUGAAUUCCCUGUCUCAUCUUUGGGUCUCAGUCUCAAUAGCUCUUUUCUCCCAACAUGAGCUCCCUGGCUCGGAUACUGCUGUUCACCUGGCUCAUUCUACCUUUACUCGGCACCGAAUCAGGCAAGAAAAGAACUGCUCGUCAGCGGGAUGAGGAGUUUAUGGAAAGGCAUAAUAAUAUAUGUAUGCGGGGUUCACCAGGUGUUCCUGGCCGAGAGGGUAAUCCCGGAACGAACGGUAUCCCAGGAACCCCAGGGAUCCCGGGACGGGAUGGAAUCAAGGGAGAGAAAGGCGAGUGUAUGCAAGAGCGUCUCGAGGAGCCCUGGAAAAUCAACUACAAGCAGUGUGCUUGGAAAGCACUCAACUAUGGCAUUGACCUCGGCAAAAUCGCGGAAUGUACAUUCACCAAGAUGCGCACAGACAGUGCUCUCCGGGUCUUAUUCACUGGUUCCCUUCGUCUGAAAUGCAAAAGUGCCUGCUGUCAGCGCUGGUAUUUUACAUUUAAUGGGGCUGAGUGCAGUGGUCCACUGCCUAUUGAAGCAAUCAUCUAUUUAGACCAAGGAAGCCCAGAAUUCAACUCUACUAUUAAUAUACAUCGCACAUCUUCAGUGGAAGGGCUGUGCGAAGGAAUCAGUGCUGGACUAGUGGAUGUUUCAGUCUGGAUUGGGCUGUGCUCAGAUGGCUACCCACAAGGUGAUGCUUCUACUGGCUGGAACUCAGUAUCACGGCUGAUAAUCGAGGAGAUGCCAAAAUAGCUUUGUUUCUACAAGCUGAAAACUAUCAAGAGCCAUUCCUGCUCAAUCAGAACAGUUUUAAGGAAAAUUGUUGACUUCAUAAAUGUUCACACAUUUCUAAUUAAACAUUUUGGUAAUUUGAAAACACCCAGUGAAAUUUAAAAUAAAUAUAAAAUUUAUCUUGCAUGGGAUACAGUUGUACUUUUGUACCUGAACUUUCAAGUAUGGGGAUUCAAGUGAAAUUUAGACUAUAUGGCAGUAAUUUUGACGUGUGAAAGCGUAAAACAGUUGAUAUUGACUCAGCUACCCAUUAUGCAUGCCUUUUGAUUUUAUAAAAAUGUGAUAAAUAGUCAAAUAGAUAAUCACCCAAAGUCAUGUUGCUAAGUUUUGGUUUGAUUUGAACAACCUGUACCCUCUUAACUAAUUUUAAGUAUUGUACUCCUUAGGUGUUAGAAAAUUGCAAAGUUGGCAUGGUUUGCAUACUUCUGGAACAUUUGUAGAGGACUCUCUAGAAUACUAGAUUUUCAUAGCAUUAAAUAAAAAGCAAUUUGGAAGAUUUGAA